CUGUGGAGAGCUUUGAGAGGUGCCACUGGGACUGCUGUCUGGAGCCAGCUUACCAAAGCAGAGCUCUCUGAGGAUCUACUGCUUAUCUCUGUCUCGAGGAUGAAAAUGGAUGACAGGUGCUACCCAGUGAUCUUUCCAGAUGAGCGGAAUUUCCGUCCCUUCACUUCUGACACUCUGGCUACAAUUGAGAAGAGGAUUGCCAUCCAAAAGGAGAAAAAGAAGUGCAAAGACCAGACAGCAGCAGAACCCCAGCCUCGACCUCAGCUUGACCUAAAGGUCUCCAGGAAGUUGCCCAAACUCUAUGGUGACAUUCCCCAUGAGCUGAUAGCAAGGCCCCUGGAAGACUUGGACCCAUUCUACAAAAAUCAUAAGACAUUUAUGGUGUUGAACAAAAAGAGAACAAUCUACCGCUUUAGUGCCAAGCGUGCCUUGUUCAUUUUUGGGCCUUUCAAUCCAAUCCGAAGUUUAGCCAUCAAAAUCUCGGUCCAUUCAGUGUUCAGCAUGUUCAUCAUCUGCACCGUCAUCAUCAACUGCGUGUUCAUGGCCACUGCCUACGGGAAGGAAAACAGCAAUAUAGAUACCGACAAUGCUGAGUAUGUCUUCACUGGGAUUUAUAUUUUUGAAGCUUUGAUAAAAAUAUUGGCAAGAGGUUUUAUUCUGGAUGAGUUUUCUUUUCUUCGAGAUCCAUGGAACUGGCUGGACUCCGUUGUCAUUGUAACAGCGUUUGCAACAUACAUACCAGAAGCCAGGGAAAGCAUCUUCAGUCUGUCAUCCCUGCGUACCUUCCGAGUGUUCAGAGCUUUGAAAGCAAUUUCAGUGGUUUCAGGUCUGAAGGUCAUUGUUGGGGCCUUGCUGCGCUCUGUGAAGAAGCUUGUUGACGUGAUGAUCCUGACUCUCUUUUGCCUCAGCAUCUUCGCCCUGGUAGGUCAGCAGCUCUUCAUGGGAAGUCUGAACCAGAGAUGUCUCCAUAAUGACUGUAGGAAUAUCGAUAACCCUGAUGACAAUUGCUUUGAAAAGAAAAAUUCCUCUGAAUUCAGAAUGUGUGGCAUCUGGAUGGGUAACAGUGCCUGUUCUGAAAAUUUUCAAUGCACACACACCAAAAGGAAUCCUGACUAUAAUUAUACCAAUUUUGACAACUUUGGCUGGUCUUUUCUUGCCAUGUUUCGGCUUAUGACCCAAGAUUCCUGGGAGAAGCUUUAUCAACAGACCUUGCGUGCCUCAGGGCUCUACUCAGUUUUCUUCUUUGUGGUGGUCAUCUUCCUGGGCUCUUUCUACCUGAUUAACUUAACCCUGGCUGUUGUCACCAUGGCUUAUGAGGAACAGAACAGAAAUGUAGCUGCUGAGACAGAGGCCAAGGAGAAGAUGUUCCAGGAAGCCCAGCGGCUGCUGAAGGAGGAGAAGGAGGCUCUGGUUGCCAUGGGAAUUGACAGAAGUUCACUUAAUUCCCUUGAAGCAUCAUCUUUUUCCCCAAAGAAGAGAAAGCUUUUUGGUAAAAGGAAAAGAAAGUCCUUUUUUUUGAGAGACUCUGGGAAAGACCAGCCUCCAGGAUCAGAUUCUGAUGAAGAUUCCACAAAAAAGGUCUCUGUGACCAGUCUCAUUGACUUAAAGAGCUUGAAGUCCUUCCGGACCCUAAGAGCCCUGAGGCCCCUGCGAGCAUUGUCUCAGUUCGAAGGAAUGAAGGUGGUAGUCAAUGCUCUCAUAGGUGCCAUACCUGCCAUUCUGAAUGUUUUGCUUGUCUGCCUCAUUUUCUGGUUGAUAUUUUGUAUCCUGGGAGUAAACUUCUUCUCUGGAAAUUUUGGAAGAUGCAUUAAUAGAACAGAUAUAAACUCAGUUAUAAAUUACAGCACUGUUGCAAGCAAAACUGAAUGUGAAGGUGGAAAUUUAACUUGGGUCACCCUUCCAGUCAACUUUGACAAUGUGGGAAUGGCUUACCUUGCCCUGCUGCAAGUGGCAACAUUUAAGGGCUGGAUGGAUAUUAUGUAUGCAGCUGUCGAUUCCAGAGGGAAAGAUCUACAGCCAGGGUUUGAGGAGAAACCAGAAAACUACCUUUUCUUCGUGGCUUUUAUCAUCUUUGGUUCAUUCUUUACGCUGAAUCUUUUUAUUGGUGUUAUUAUUGACAACUUCAACCAACAGCAGAAAAAGAUAAGUGAUGAAGACAUUUUUAUGACAGAAGAACAGAAGAAAUACUAUAAUGCAAUGAAAAAAUUAGGAUCCAAAAAACCUCAAAAGCCCAUUCCAAGACCUCUGAAUAAAUGCCAAGGUCUCGUGUUUGACCUAGUCACAAGCCAGGUCUUUGACAUCAUCAUCAUCAUCCUCAUUUUCCUCAACAUGGUUAGCAUGAUGGCUGAAUCAGAUGACCAGUCUGAAGCCACGAAACUCAUCCUUGAGCGUCUCAACCUGGCCUUUGUGGUCAUCUUUACAAUUGAGUGUCUCACCAAAAUCUUUGCUUUGAGGCAAUACUACUUCACCAUUGGCUGGAAUUUAUUUGAUUGUGUGAUUGUGGUUCUUUCUAUCGUUAGUACAAUGGUUUCUGCCUUGGAGAACCAGCAGCACAUUCCCUUCCCUCCAACACUCUUCAGGGUUGUCCGCUUGGCUCGGAUUGGUCGGAUCCUGAGACUUGUUCGGGCAGCACGAGGAAUUAGGACUCUCCUUUUCGCUCUGAUGAUGUCUCUUCCCUCUCUAUUCAACAUCGGUCUUCUACUUUUUCUGGUUAUGUUUAUUUAUGCCAUUUUUGGUAUGAGCUGUUUUUGCAAAGUGAAAGAGGAGCAUGGAAUUGAUGAUAUAUUCAACUUCAAAACUUUUGUUGGCAGCAUACUCUGUCUCUUCCAGAUCACCACCUCAGCAGGCUGGGAUGCCCUCCUCAAGCCCAUGCUGCAAUCAAAGGAUUCAUGCAACCCCAACUUAGACAGCCGUCACCUCCCUGCCAUAGCCAUCACCUACUUCGUCAGUUACAUCAUCAUCUCCUUUCUCAUUGUUGUCAACAUGUACAUUGCUGUGAUUUUAGAGAAUUUUAACACAGCCACUGAAGAAAGUGAGGACCCUUUGGGUGAAGAUGACUUUGAGAUAUUCUAUGAAGUCUGGGAAAAGUUUGACCCAGAAGCAACACAGUUCAUCAAAUAUUCUGCCCUUUCUGACUUUGCUGAUGCCCUUCCUGAGCCUUUGCGCGUGGCAAAGCCCAAUAAAUUUCAAUUUCUCAUGAUGGACUUACCCAUGGUGAGUGGAGAUCGUCUCCACUGCCUGGAUAUUCUCUUCGCAUUCACCACUAGGGUACUCGGUGACUCCGGUGGCCUGGACAGCAUGAAAAUGAUGAUGGAGGAGAAGUUCAUGGAAGCCAACCCUUCCAAGAAGUUAUAUGAACCCAUAGUCACCACCACCAAGAGGAAGGAAGAGGAAAGAUGUGCUGCUGUUAUUCAAAAGGCCUUUCGAAAAUACAGGCUGAAGAUGUCCACAUGUGCCUUGGAAGACAGGCCCCGUUCACCACUCCACACACUCUGCAAUGGAGACCUGUCCAGCUCUGGGGUGGCCGAGGGCAAAGUCCACUACGACUGAGCCUUUACUUCCACUCCUACCUCACAGCCUCACAACCUGGCCUCUGGCAUCUGAGCUCCAGGGGUCCACAGCUCAGUGUGUGAACAAGCAGUUGACUCCCUGAACUAGCCAUCCCAUUUUUUUCUGCCUAAAAGAAGUGAUAUUUCAAUGUUUAUUUCAAACAGGUCUUACAGGGAUAGAAGAUAAGGCUGUCUAUGAAUCACUGGUACUGUUUUAGCAAGGAAAAAGACACUAGAAGGACUAUAAAGGACACACCAAUGUCGGGAUUGAAACACAGUUCAAAUCACGUAAAAAAAAAAAA